CGUACAUUAAGGUGUGAACACUACGGAAUAAAAUUAUAAAAAAUAUUUUAAAAUUAUUCGAAAAUGCAGUUUAAAAAUUUAAAAAAUAUUUUUGUCACAAUUCUCAUACAAAUUUCAAUUCAAUGUGUAAGUUCACAAUUGCCAUUCGAAGUUACACUGCCACCAGGAGUUUCACUUCCUCCGGGAUUCACACUUCCGCCUUGGUUCACUAUUCCACCCAAUAUCGAACUUCCAAAUGGUGAACUGCCUGAUAACUAUAUGCUUGUACAUCAGGCAUUAAUAACACGAAGAGGAGAUACUAAUCUCAAUCAGCACCUGUGUGGUGGUGCCUUAGUUCUUAAUUUCACAGUGUUAACCUCAGCUAAUUGUCUCCUUAAAGAUAACGAUGAAUUUUAUGAUGCCAGUGAAUUAAGUGUAGCACUAGGAACAUUUUCAAUAGAAAAUGUUUUGGCUAGUCAACCGUCGUAUUUUGAUGUUAGUAAAGUAAUUAUUCAUGGAAGGUUUAACAGAAGGACGCUGGCUAAUAAUGUAGCUGUGAUAAAGCUUAAUGGCAAACCAGGAGCCAGUGAAAGAAUUCUUCCAACGAUGCCUUCAAGAGAAAAGGUUUCUCCGUCUAUGCAGUGCUUUUUGUUGGGAUACAGUAAUGAUGAACCGACAAUAAAGCUCAUUAAACCAAAAUACAACAUAAAAUGUAGCUCACACAAACAACAACCUUGGCCUGCUGAAACAUUUUGUUCUGGAGAUUAUGAUGACUUUUAUGACACCUGUGAAGGAAAUCAAGGUUCAGCAUUAAUUUGUGAUGGAAUGGUCCAAGGAAUUGUAACAAGAUCUUGCUCUAGUGAUGUAAUCAUGCAGUAUUCAGAUGCUUCACAAUUUUUCUUUUGGAUUGCAACCAAGCAAUUGGAUAAGAAUCCAUACAGAUUAAUGGAUAAUGAGAUAGUGAGAUAUUUUCUUUUUGGAUCGCUGGAUUUUAUUGCGUGGCUAUCGGGAUCAACACAAGUUGCUGACUAUUUUGAGGUUGUGAAGUUUUUCUUUUAACAUUACAAAUAAUUAAUUAAAGUUUAGAUUGUGAAAAAAUCUG